GGCACCCGGUGUAAGUGGUGCAACCCGGCUAAGAACACCCUGACACCGGCCCCUGCCCACAGCUCGGCUCCCAUUGUGCUUCCAAUUGCCGCCGCCUCCUCCUCCUCAGCAGCAGCAGAAGGGUCACCCCGGUCUUCCAGGCGCAGGAGAAGAUGCAGGGGAUAAAGACAACCUGUUCUGUCGCAGCAGCAGCCGCUCUGAGGCGCAACCAGUGAUCCGACAGAUGAGAUCUCAAGAAGGUGAAAAUGAAUGAAGAUCUGCAGGUUAAUAGCAGCCGGCCGCCUCCAGAGAACGUCACAUCUGCCGUCUCCCCGCUGACUCCUGUGCGAGAUUCCGAGCCCGAGUUGGUCGUCAACCCGUGGGAUAUAGUUCUCUGUAUGUCUGGGACCCUCAUCUCCUGUGAAAAUGCCAUUGUGGUGCUUAUUAUCUUCCAUAACCCCAGCCUGCGGGCGCCCAUGUUUCUGCUCAUUGGCAGCCUGGCCCUGGCAGACCUUUUGGCGGGCAUUGGAUUGAUCGUCAAUUUUAUCUUUGCUUAUCUCCUGCAGUCAGAAGCUGCUAAACUUGUCACAGUCGGACUGAUCGAGGCCUCUUUCUGUGCCUCUGUCUGCAGCUUGCUGGCUAUUACAGUCGACCGUUACCUCUCUCUCUACUAUGCCCUGACCUAUAAUUCGGACAGGACAGUCACUUUCACCUACGUCAUGCUGGUGUUUCUUUGGGGAGGCUCAGCGUGCGUUGGACUGCUGCCCAUAAUGGGCUGGAACUGCCUUGAGGAUGAAUCCACGUGCAGUGUUAUCAGACCCCUGACUAAGAAUAACGCGGCCGCCCUCUCCGUAUCCUUCCUGCUCAUGUUCGCUCUGAUGUUGCAGCUCUACAUCCAGAUCUGUAAGAUUGUCAUGAGGCAUGCCCACCAGAUCGCCUUGCAGCACCACUUCUUGGCCACGUCCCACUAUGUCACCACUCGAAAAGGAGUAUCCACCCUGGCUAUUAUUUUGGGGACUUUUGCUGCCUGUUGGAUGCCUUUUACCCUUUACUCCUUAAUAGCAGAUUACACGUACCCUUCCAUUUAUACCUAUGCCACACUUCUGCCAGCGACCUACAACUCAAUCAUCAACCCCGUCAUAUAUGCUUUUAGGAACCAGGAGAUCCAAAAAGCACUGUGGCUUAUCUGCUGUGGUUGUGUCCCGUCUAGCGUGGCACAGAGAGUCCGGUCACCUAGUGACGUGUAAUAAAUGCCUUCAUGGGAAGGAUCGUGGAUGGUGGUUUUAUCACCUGCAGUAUUUAUUUUGCAAAAAAAGGGGGUGAAGAUGGAAAAAAGAAUCCCUCCGUUUGAUGUAAACGCACUUGGACUGGACAUAAUGGUGCCGAGACCCACCCAUUUCGUAAAUGGAAGUCAGAUUUACUUAUUAUGUCGCGCAAUAGUUAUCAUUCAAAAAGAGCUAACGUGGUAAAUACGAUUUUACGAUGUCAUUUACUCAGGUCUUGAAAAUUCUUAAAUUGGUUUGAUCCUGGAAUUUUGUUGUUGAAUUUUUAAAAAAAAAAAUAAUUAUUGCUGGAAAAUAGAGAAUGGUUUAAGGGUCCCCAUUUAAGAGGCAUAUGGUCACGGGCAGUGUGACUUGCGUUGCACAUGGCAUACGCAUCACUGUUUUUGGAUAGAAUGUUUAUGGAAUUGAGACCAGCUCAAUGUGUAACGUAAAUGCCAUUGAUUUCCUGGGGGUUUGUUCCUUUAAGAGAGAAAUUAAGAAAACAUUUAUGUUUGCAGGGGCCACAGGAGCCCCAAUAGGAGGGACGGAAAUUGGAUAUAUCCAACCAGCUCCACCUAAAAAUCAGCCCUGUACAAAUGUAGAGAUGGAGCAGGUUUACUGAUGCAUCAGUUGCUCAAACUUCAGUAGCAUAAUAGGCAUAGUUGUGUGUGCCAGAUGCAUCAGUCAAACCUGCUGUAACUUAUAUAUUGUAUGUAUAUUUUUCCAUCUUAUAUCACUAGAAAAAGCACAAAAAAGCAAAGGGAAAUUGUACCAGUGAUAUAAAAACAUUGUUCCUAAUUUUUAAUCUGUUCAAAAAAAGUCUCUGUUGUUGACCUACUUUUUGAAUGGAUUUUAAAAUUCUGACAUUUAAGGAUUAAUUCAGAUUCAAGAAGACAUAUUUGUUAAUUGCUGAGUAGAAUGUGCCUUUUAGAUACCUUUUUUUUUAACGGGAGUGUACCUUUAAAUACGGCUGUAGCUGUAUCCUGUAGCAUAGAGUCCCUGUCCAUGCUUGAGUAUUAAAUACUGAUAUCUGCUGAUCUUCCAUAUUUCUUAGCCAGUACCUGGGACGCCAUGUGAAACUGCCUCUAGCGCUGUCAUAUGCUAUUGAUAACGCUUCUCUUAAAAUCAAACAUUCUGACACCCUCCCAAAAAAAAAAGAAAUCACAUUAAUUUGAAAAUGAACUGGGUUCUGUCUGAAUUCUUUAAAGGAAAGCCUUGCAAUAAGUGGCUAAUGAAGAUGGAAAUAAGAGCAGCCACACUGCUAUAAUAUAAUUCACGUCUUUGUUAGGCUCCGGGGGAUUAAGCUACACCUGCCUUAUUUCCGAGGUGGUAAUUGGACCUGUGGAAUGAAAAUAGAAGCUCCUUGGCACAGUAAGGUGUGUGUUAUUGUAACUACUUCAAUACUGGAAGUUUUCGAUCUACAGCUGAUUGGGGUUUAAAGCUUUCUAAAACACUGUGCCCCCCCAAACCUGUUAUUUGCUCUGCAGUUAAUUUGAUGCUUGGGGGUAAUAAUGCUCUUAGGGCUCUAUAGGGAAGGAUUUAAUCUGUAACGAUAGCCAAGGUCCUUUUAAAGGCACAGUUUGACCAUGGCCCUUGUGGCAGGCAAGCUGCUAACUAUGCAGCCCUCAUUUAUUCUAUGAGGGCUGACAUGAAAAGAAUGAUUGUUCCAUAAACAACUAAAUUUGGCCAUAGACACACAGAUAAUAUCGUACAAAAUGAAUUUUCGUACGAUAUUCAGUGCGUGUAUGGUG